AAACAAUGCUGCUUCUCCUCAUUCUCGUUGCCUGCAGUUGCUCCAAUGGGGUCUUGAGCCUUGCCGAGAAGGAGCUUCUCUCGCUCAAACGGCUUCCAACGGCGCCCGCCCCGCCCCGCUUCUUGCACAAAUCAAAGAGUGGUGCAACCAUACUGGAAAUGAGGCACAGGAAGCACCUCCAGAAAGGGCUGAUUCUUGAUGAUGUUCGAGUUGAAUCCAUUCAAUCGCGAAUCAAGAACAUCGUCUCCGGCCAUGUAGAAUCAUCACAAGCUCGUGUUCCUAUAAGUUCGGGCAUCAAGCUUCAGACACUAAACUACAUUGUGACAGUGACAUUAGGCAGUCGAAACUUAACUGUGAUCGUGGACACGGGGAGCGACCUCUCUUGGGUGCAAUGCCAGCCCUGCAGGCUGUGCUACACUCAGCCGGAGCCCCUCUUCAACCCGUUGGUGUCGCCCUCGUACAGGUCGGUGCAGUGCAACUCGCAGCCCUGCCAAACUCUGCAGUCCAACACAGGAAACUCGGGGUUAUGUGGGAGCAAUGCACCUAGAUGCAACUAUGCAGUUACGUAUGGCGAUGGAUCAUAUACCCGCGGUGAGCUAGGCAGAGACCGGCUCACUCUUGGAACAACUCCGGUCGAGGACUUCGUGUUUGGAUGUGGGAGAAACAACAGGGGUCUAUUUGGUGCAGCUUCUGGCCUAAUGGGACUAGGCAGGAGUGAUCUCUCACUCAUUUCUCAAACUAGUGAUGUAUUUGGUGCAGUUUUCUCCUACUGUUUGCCCGAUUCGGAUUCCGGAACAUCGGGUUCGUUGAUACUAGGAAACGAUACAUCAGUUUUCAAGAACACCACUCCUAUUUCUUACACGAGGCUCGUUCCGAAUCCUCAGCUGUACAGCUUCUACAUUCUGAACAUGACAGGAGCUACCGUGGGAGGGGUGCCUCUGCAGUCCCUGAGUUUUGGGGGAAACGGGGUCUUGAUCGACUCAGGGACCGUGAUCACGAGGCUGCCCCCGUCUGUCUACACAUCUGUGAAGGCUGAGUUCUUAAGACAGUUCACCGGUUACCCCUCUGCACCGAGCUUUUCGAUUCUCGACACCUGCUUCAACCUGUCAGCAUAUGAGGAGGUCAACAUACCUACACUUAAGAUGCAGUUUGAAGGAGAUGCAGAGAUGAGUGUGGACGUAACCGGGAUGUUCUACUUCGUCAAGAGGGACGCGUCUCAGGUGUGCUUGGCACUUACGAGCCUCGCCUAUGAAGACGAGAUUGGAAUCAUAGGGAAUUAUCAGCAGAGGAACACAAGAGUCAUAUAUGAUACCAAGCAGAUGCAAGUGGGAUUUGCAAAGGAAGUAUGCAGCUUCAAUUAGACACAGAAAUGAGAGAGAUUGUGAUUCAGAAAAUUCAGUGGCAAAGCCAUAUGAAUAUGGACACAUACAGCUAGAAAGGUUUGAUUUCCACAAUUUGAAUUUGUUGUAUGGAGUGGUAUAGAAUAUAUGAAGAUUGAUUUAGUCUUA